UGAGGGCCGGGCCCAGGUGAGGGCCGGGCCCAGGUGAGGGCCGGGCCCAGGUGAGGGCGGCGGUGUCUGCCAUGCCGGCCUCAGGCCAGCUCAUGGUGCUGCUCUUGCUGUGCCUGCUGGCCAUGGCUUUGCCCGGUGUGGGCGCCGGCUCCGGGCGGUUCUGGCACCUCACGGACCUGCACUGGGACCCCGGGUACGAGGCGGCGGCGGCAGCGGGGCAGCCGUGCCCGUCGGGCGGCGGUCGGGCCGGGCCCGCCGGGCCGUGGGGCAGCUACCUGUGCGAUGCUCCCUGGAACCUGCUCCGCUCGGCCGCCCGGGCCAUGCGGGCCCGCCUGGCCGCGCCGGACUUUGUCCUCUGGACCGGAGAUGACACUCCCCAUGUCCCCAAUGAGCAGCUUGGAGAAGAAAAGGUUCUACACAUAAUAGCAAAUCUGACUUCCCUGAUAAAAGAAACAUUUCCAGGUACCAAGGUCUAUGCAGCAAUGGGCAAUCAUGACUUCCACCCCAAGAAUCAGUUUCCUGGGAAGGAGCACAGGAUCUACAACCAAACAGCAGAGCUGUGGCGGCCCUGGCUGAGUGAUGCCUCCCUUCCUCUCUUCAGAGCAGGAGCUUUCUACAGUGAGAAGCUGCCUGGCCCAGGGAUGAGGGGGCGGAUGGUUGUCCUCAACACCAACCUCUACUAUGACCAGAAUGAUGAGACAGCUGCUGAGGAGGAUCCUGGGGGGCAGUUCCAGUGGCUGGAAGAAACACUGACCAAUGCCUCUAGAGCAGAUGAAAUGGUCUACAUUGUGGGGCACGUCCCUCCUGGCUUCUUCGAGAAGAAACGGGGCAAGCCCUGGUUCCGGAGGGGCUUCAACGAGCGCUACCUGGGAAUUGUGCAGAGGCACCACGCGGUGAUCGCUGCCCAGUUCUUUGGGCACCAUCACACAGACAGCUUUCGCAUGUUCUACAGCCACACAGGUACUCCAAUCAAUGUCAUGUUCCUGGCCCCUGGAGUGACUCCCUGGAAAACAACAUUACCUGGAGUGAGCAAUGGAGCCAACAACCCUGCGAUUCGGGUGAUCGACUAUGAUCAGGACACCCUGCAGGUCUUGGAUAUGGUGACUUACUACUUGAACCUUACUCGUGCCAACACGAUGGCCUCAGCACGGCAGGAAGAGUUCCCAGAGUGGGAGGAGGAGUACAGGCUGACAGAAGCCUUCCAGGUCCCUGAUGGCUCUGCAGGCUCCAUGCAGACAGUGCUGGAGAGGAUCUCCAGGGACCCCCACUACUUGCAGCUGUACUAUGAGUUUAACUCUGCCAGGUAUGACCUGGAGCAGUGCCAGCAGGAAUGCCGUGUGGAUCACCUGUGUGCCAUCAGGGAAGUCGAUUUUCUAAAGUAUGAUGAGUGUGUGAAAACCAACAGUUCUGCCUCUGCUGCCAGCAGUGUUUGGCUUUUGGUUUUCUGCAUGUUCUUAGGAUUUCUCAGUCCUCAGCCAGUGCUGUGAUGGCCAAGAGCAAGAGAAAAGGAGGAGGGCAUGAGAUCACACUACACUGCAUGUGAAUUGGUGGUUUUGGCAUUGAGAACUUGCUUGGAAAACAGGACAAAAUUAUCAAUGUUUACUAAAAGCCCUGUGAUUUGAAAUUUUCUGGAGAAACUUGAUGUGUGAAGAGCAAUGUUUUUGAGAGCCCUGUUGUGCUAAAGUGACUGCAACAAGGAGUGUCUCCCCUCUGGUAGGACUGCUGGGGCAGCCCCACAAAUCAGAUGAAGACCAGGCCUCCCUGUGGACAUGAACUGGCAAAGGGUGAGGGUAGGGAGCUGCCACAUGUUCCAGAGGCUGCUGACAGCAUUCCUUAUUUUGGCACACACUUCUGCACAGCUGGUGACUCAGGAAGUCUUGUGGUGGCUUUGUUCCACAGCAGCCUGUGGCUGUUGAGCAAAGCAAGGUGGGCUGGGGUGACAGCCCAGAGAGGCCAGGGCAGGCUGCAGAUCCAGUGACAGGGGAUGGAGCCUCAGCCUGCCAAGGCCUCACUCUGUCAGAGGAGCAGGCUGAACAAUGAGAGUCUGGAGUACAACUUACAAAGAGGAUUAAGCCAGAACCAGAUAAAACUCGACUCGCAUAACAAAAGCAACCACUGUUCAAAAUCCACUGUUGAGUGUCACUUGUGUACCAAAGUGCAGCACGAGGCAGCAGAGCAGGUCACAAGCAAAGCAGCUGGGGCAGCUUUAGGAGCUGCAGCCUGAGGCAGCCCAAGGCCAAGGCCUGCAGGGACAAGGGCACUUGGCCAUGGCGGGAUCCUCCCCUGAGCCCACAGCACAUCAGGCAGGCUCAGCUGUACCAGUGCAGACUGGAACGAACACACUACACUCUCCAACCUGGCAAAAUCUGCAUUUAAUUUACAACAUAGUAAAGGUUACAGGUAAAAAGCUCAACAGAAGUGUGAAAAGGCCUAUUACAUAUUACACAAGUGUACAAAUGUCUGUACAAAGCCCCUCGAUGUUCCUGUCCCCUCGUGGCCAGCUGUGGCCCCUGAGCUCUGAAAUAAUAAGAGCUGAUUCAGAGUCUGAGAGGAGAAGAGCUUUAAAAAACGAGCAGUGAAGUUUCCCUUGUCAAGAAAAGUCUUGCAAAGAGCCACUUGCAAAAAAAAUUCCAAAAACCCCCCACCCCUACCCUCUUCCCCCCAAAAUAAAAUAAAACAACAAAAAAAAAAAUCCAAAAGAAAAAUAAGGAAACCUGCUCAACUUUUGUUUGUCCUGACUAGUCUUACUCUAAAGAGUUGCCUUAGAAAGCAACUGGCUGGGAAAUGAAAAUCUUAGAGGCCAGACUAAAGAGGAAGAUUCUGAGUUAUUGUGGGAGCACUGGGAAGCAGAACAAAUGCCCAACAGCUGAACCAUCAAUGGCAACUUAAACACAGAGCAGCACAGCUGGAUCAUGGAGCAGGUGCUGAAUCCACACAAGGAACAGUCUGAGCUGGAUGUGAUAGUGUGGGGAGGGAACAGAGCAGUCUCUAAAGCCAUGGCUCUUGUGAGCUGGGCAGCUGCCUGCUGGCACCUCAGGGACAUGAUAGAAGCAAUCACUGCAGAGAGGAACUCACAGAUUUUGGGGCAUCUGUCUGAAACGGGUCUGGUGCAUCCAGCAUCCUAUUUCACUGGAACACAGCACUGAUCCUGCACCAUCCCAGCUCCCUGGAACACAGCACUGACCCAGCACCAUCCCAGCUCCCUGGAACACAGCACUGACCCUGCACCAUCCCAGCUCCCUGGAACACAGCACUGAUCCUGCACCAUCCCAGCUCCCUGGAACACAGCACUGAUCCUGCACCAUCCCAGCUCCCUGGAACACAGCACUGAUCCAGCACCAUCCCAGCUCCCUGGAACACAGCCUGAUCCAGCACCAUCCCAGCUCCCUGGAACACAGCCCAGCCCCAACAACCUGCCAGUACCUCCCCAAGCAGCUGCAGUCCUGCACACAGUGAACAGCCAGGUACAUGCUCUCAUUUCAGUGCACAUUUCCUGGAUCCCCCAAACAGCAAAGGAAUUUGACUUGUAGCUGAACUGCAUUAGAGUGUGUACAAAAAUCCAGAAUAAACUUAAGAAUAAUAAAGCUCUGGCCUUACCUUGCAUAAAGUACA